AUGAGUUUUUCAACAACAUGUGAUAUUGAUCAUUGUAAUAAAACUUUGCAUAGAAAAUUCAAGAGUUUACAUUUAAAAAAACAAUAAGAUCCUCUCAUAACAGAUAAACCAUUCAAGACUAGAACUCAUGGACAUUAAUUUGAACAAAAUUUUUCUCAUUAUCUAAAAGGUGAUCUUAAUGUUUCAAGUUUAAUAUAAACAUUAAAUUGUCCAAGGUUAACAGCUGAGAAUUAAUUUCCAAAAAAAGAAGUUUUAUCAUUAAAAAUACGUCAGUAAACAGAAUAAAGAAGAAACUAUUUAAAGAGUAAAGUAUAAAAAGUUCGUAAUCUAAUCAAAGAGAAAGUGGCAAUAAAGAAACCCUAUAAUGAAGAAAUUCGUUAAGGAAAUGCUCAGACUUUAACAAUAGUUUAAACUAUAUUGGACAUAGCAAAUCAUAAGGAAAAUGCAGUAAGUUAUUAAGAAAAACUGAUUCCAAAAUCAAAGAGUCUAAAACAUUAUAGACUUAAUUAUGAUAAUGUAGAACCAAUUUGUAGGAUGCAAAGAGAUUUUAUAGAGACAAUACCUCCAAGAUAAUAUUUGAAAUCAGUAUUAGAGAAUAAUGCUUAAUUGUAUUUAUAGGAAUUGUAACUAAGAGCAGAAUAGCAUGAAAAUAAUAUUAAUAAAUUAGUUCGUUUGAGUAUAUAAAAUAAAAGGAAAGAUUUUACUUUAUUUCAUAAAGCAGCUAAAACAGAUAGAAGAAAUUAAGAUGGUAUACUUACAAUAGGAGAUAUACAAUUGUAUGAUUAUCUUUAUAAUAAUCCCAAAGGUGUAAGGAUUGAAGAGCAUCCAAAAUAUAUUUAAAAUGUAAUUGAUACAGGAGUUGAUUUUAGAAAGAAUUUAGGUAGAAGAUUAUUAUAAAGCAAUCGUCAUUAAAAAACACAUUAUAAUUAAGAUCCUCCUGAAAAUUUAGAUGAUUCUUGUGCAUCUUCUUUAUAAUCAGCUUGUGAGAUUAAAUUAGAUAAUUAUUAUGGAGAAACUAGAGAGUGGAAACGUAAAUAAUACUUAUAAUUGCCUAGACGUAUAAAAUAAUUAAUAGCUUUGGAAGAAUUAAAUUAGUAUUUACUAUUUUAUCAAUUAGAAAAGCCAUUCACACAACAGUUAAUAAGUUGUAAUCUUAAUGAACAUAUUCAUGAUGAUAAUUAUAAUUUAAUUCUUUAACGAUUUAAUAAUAAUAGAAUCAAUUAUUGUUCUUCUAAAGUGA